GCGUCGGAGUGUGUUGCGGGGGGGGGGGGCCCGGUGUUCGCGAAUAGAGCGGAGGGCUGCGUGCUGAGUAAUUUCCUGAGCCCUGUUGGGGUUAUUCAGUCAAUGAUUUGUUGAGAUGGAAGUGUGAAAAUGUGUGUUAUUUGACCUGGACUCAUAGCAAGGCUGAACUAGCCGUGGUGGUGCCAGGUACCUGAGAUCAAGCGGAGACCGAGAGUGGGCCGCCAUGGCAUCAACCACCAUCGAGAUUCCGCUGCGGGACAACCCGGAGGAGGUGAUCGAGCUGGACGCCAGCCAGCUGCCCGAUGGCGAGGAGGUGCUGGCCAUCCUGCGCCAGGAGGAGGCGCCGCUCAACCUCUGGGUCAGCGUGGCCGUGCAGUACUUCAAGCAGCACAAUGCGGCCGACUUCGUCAAGAUCCUGGAGGCGUCGCGUACGGAAGCCAGCCUCAACUACCGCGACUUCCAGAAGGACCAGAUGCGCGCGCUUGACACCUUGGCCGCGCACUACGUGCGCCAGGCCAACAACGAGAAGAACAAGGACCGCAAGAAAGACCUAUUCACCAAGGCGACGCUGCUCUACACAACGGCCGACAAGAUCAUCAUGUACGACCAGAACCACCUGCUGGGCCGCGCCUACUUCUGCUUGCUGGAGGGCGAUAAGAUGGACCAGGCGGACGCGCAGUUCAACUUUGUUCUCAACCAGUCGCCCAACAGCAUUCCCGUCUUGCUGGGCAAGGCGUGCAUCGCCUUCAACAAGAAAGACUACAAGGGCGCGCUGGCCUUCUACAAGAAGGCGCUGCGCACGAACCCGCGCUGCCCGGCUGACGUGCGCCUGGGCAUGGGCCACUGCUUUCUCAAGCUUGGCAGCGCCGAGAAGGCGCGGCUAGCGUUCGAGCGCGCGCUCGAGCUGGACGCCAACUGCGUGGGCGCGCUGGUCGGUUUGGCCAUACUUGAGCUGAACAACAAGCAGCCCGACUCGAUCCGCAGCGGCGUGCAGAUGCUGUCGCGUGCCUACACUAUCGACCCCACUAACCCGAUGGUGCUCAACCACCUGGCCAACCACUUCUUUUUCAAGAAGGACUACGUGAAGGUGCAGCAGCUGGCCACCUACGCACUCUACAACACCGAGAACGACGCGAUGCGCGCCGAGAGCUGCUACCAGCUGGCGCGCGCGUUUCACGUGCAGGCCGACUACGAGAAGGCGUUCCAGUACUACUACCAGGCGACGCAGUUUGCGCCCCCCAAUUUCGUGCUGCCGAAUUACGGCCUCGGCCAGAUGUACAUCUACCGAGGCGAUGCAGAGAACGCCGCCCAGUGUUUUGAAAAGGUGCUCAAGCUGCAGCCGGGCAACUACGAGACGAUGAAGAUCCUAGGCUCACUGUACGCCACGUCGACGAGCGAGUCGAAGCGCGACAUCGCGAAAGGCCACCUGAAGAAGGUGACGGAGCAGUUCCCCGACGACAUCGAGGCCUGGAUCGAGCUGGCGCAGAUUCUGGAGGGCACCGACCUUCAGGGCUCGCUGGCCGCCUACAACCAUGCCAUCAGCAUCCUUAAGGAGAGCGUGCUGGCCGAGGUCCCGCCGGAGCUUCUCAACAACGUGGCGUCGCUGCAGUUCCGGCUGGGCAACCAGGAUUCGGCGCACAAGAAUUACGAGCAGGCGCUGGAGCGGUGUCGCCGCGAGUCAGAACACGACCCCCAGUACUACAACAGCAUCAGCAUCAGCAUCACGUACAACUUGGCGCGCCUGUACGAGGUGCGCUGGCUGAACGACCGCGCCGAGAAGCUCUAUAAGGACAUCCUGAAGGAGCACCCCAACUACGUGGACUGCUACCUGCGCCUCGGCUGCAUGGCGCGCGACCGCGGCCAGAUUUACGAGGCCUCCGACUGGUUCAAGGAGGCGCUGCAGGUCAAUAACGAGCACCCGGACGCCUGGUCGCUGAUCGGCAACCUCCACCUGGCCAAGCAAGAGUGGGGGCCCGGUCAGAAGAAGUUCGAGCGCAUCCUUAACUCGACGCCGCACGACCCGUACUCUCUGAUAGCGCUGGGCAACGUGUGGCUGCAGACGCUGCAUGUGCCCACCAAGGACAAGGAGAAGCUGCACCGCAACCAGGACCGCGCGCUCGCCAUGUACAAGCAGGUGUUGCGGCACGACCCGCGCAACAUCUGGGCGGCCAAUGGCGUGGGCGCCGUGAUGGCGCACAAGGGCUACAUCUCCGAGGCGCGCGACAUCUUCGCACAGGUGCGCGAGGCCACGGCCGACUUCUGCGACGUGUGGCUCAACAUCGCCCACGUCUACGUCGAACAGAAGCAGCUGGUCAGCGCCAUCCAGAUGUACGAGAACUGCCAGAAGAAGUUCUUCAAGUUCAACAACGUGGAGGUGCUGCUGUACCUGGCGCGCGCCUACUUCAAGGCGGGGAAGCUGCGGGACGCCAAGAUGACGCUGCUGCAGGCGCGCCGUGUGUCGCCGCAGGAUACCGUGCUGCUGUACAAUCUGGCGCUGGUGCUGCAGCGGCUGGCCAUGCAGAUCCUCAAGGAUGAGAAGUCCAACCUAAAGACGGUGCUGCAGGCCGUGCACGAGCUCGGCCUGGCGCACAAGUACUUCCAGUACCUCUCCAUCAACGGCGAUCGCAUGAAGUACGACCUGGCGAUGGCUGAGGUGGAGGCGCGCCAGUGCCAGGACCUGCUGUCGCAGGCGCAAUACCACGUGUCGCGCGCGCGCCGCCAGGACCAGGAGGAGCGCGAGCUGCGUCGCCGCCAAGACCAGGAGCGGCAGGCGUUCCUCCUGAAGCAGCAGGAGGAGCAGCAGCGGCUCGAGGCUGAGCGGCGCCAGCGCGUCGAGGCGCAGAUGAAGACUCGCGAGGAGUUCAAGGAGAAGAUGAAGAACGCCGUCAUUCCCGAAAUCCCGCCGGAGACGUCACGCGGCAAGAAGCGCGCGCGCGGCCGCCGCGACGGCUACGUGUCUGACGCGUCCGGUGGAUCGGGCGGUGAACAGCGCUCGGCCAAGAAGCGCAAGCCGCGCGAAAAGAAGGCUGGCGGCCGCGGCCGCGGCCGUAAGGGGCGCGACGCCGCCGGCUCCGGGUCGGACGCCGAGCCGCGCGGCCGCUCGCGCAAGAAGCAGACCAAGGAGGACGUGGACGGCCUCACGCUCAAGCAGCGGCGUAAGGUCGUCUCCAAGGCAACCAUCUCCGACUCGGACAGCUCCGACUCGGGCGGCGCUGCUCGCAGGCGCGACAGCAGCGAGGACGAGCCGACCGGCGGCGGCCGCAAAAUCCUCUCCGACUCGGAUGAAGGCUCGGCGCGUAGCGGCCGCUCGCGCUCGGCCAGCCCGGCUCACUCCGGCUCCGGCUCACGUAAGUCGGCGUCGCGCUCCCGCUCGAGGUCGGGCUCCGCCGCGUCCAAGCGCUCCGUUUCCCAAGCACGCUCGGCGAGCGGCUCGCGCUCCCGCUCUCGCUCAGGUUCCGGCUCUCGCUCGGGCUCAGCCGCGUCCAAACGGUCGCGCUCCAAGUCGGGCUCUCGCUCCGGCUCCAACUCGCGUUCGCGGUCGCGGUCGCGCUCCAGAUCGGGGUCUGGCUCGCGGUCGGGUUCAGCGGCGUCCAAGCGGUCGGGCUCGGCGGCGUCCAACCGGUCGGGGUCUGGCACAGACGCGGAUUGAGCGAGCUGCGCAGCUCAGCCAGCCAUAUCGACCGUCAUCGCCAAUCGCGUCAUCCAGCGGGCGUCGCAGCGCACGGCCGGAGCGGUGACCGCGGCGCGCUGCAGACUGUGGCUGUGGAGCGCUUUGACCGCGGUUGCCAUCUGGAGUCAUCACCCAUCUGUCGGCGCAGGCCCCGGGACACGCCCUGGAGACGGGCCGCGGUCGGCUGCUGGUGCGCUCCAUAGUGCGUAGUCAGCUCGCUGUCGGCAGUCCUGCAAAGACGAGGCCGGACUCCGCUGUCCCGAGCCGAGAUGAGUUUGUGCUGCGAGCUGCGUUCAUCCUGUUCAUCGGUGCGAGUCAUGCUCAGCUGAGCACUCGUAGCUGCGCGCUGGCCAGGGUGUGAACGCGACGCCAUUUUUAGCGCAGCCCCGCGUCGCAACGUGAGAGUGUAUGAGCUGUGAUUGUGUUCACUGGGUGUGGACAUCUUGAGAAGCAUCCAAUAAACUGGAUGGUUGAUGCCGCUCUGUACUGGUGACUAUCCUUUUGAUGAUGAGCUCGCCUAAAAUAGGAUUUAGGUUGAGGCUGGAAUCGGCAUGUCUUGAGGUUAUUUGAUUUGUGUCAGUAGCAAUAUCCCACGCUUAGUAGUUGAUUCGAGUCGCUUUAAUGUUGGCUGCAUCCAAAUUCCCUCUAUUUUUGGGAGACGCUGGCAGCUCCAGUCACUAUCAACCACAAUAUUCGUCCACCGAACGCUAGAAAUGCAAUCAAGCACUGGAACUGGAAUAAAGCUGCUCAUCGCUGAUCAA